UUUUUUCUUCUUUUCUUUUCUUUUCUUUUCCUUUUCUUCUGACAGCACCAAACAUUACUAGUCAUGCAAACUACAAACAAGCGACCAGCAUUAACAGACAGUCGAGAAGGUGUCAAGAAACAAGCCACAUUGACAUCCAUGUUCAAACCAUCAACUACUACAACAAAAACAGUAGUAACCGUUACCGAGAAACAGAUGUCAACGACUUUCGACCAAAACCUUACUGAGAAUAACACUGAUCUUGUUGCAAAAUUAUUUGAUGGUUUAGAUGAUGAAACCAAAAACCUUCUUCACUUGGAAAUGACAACUAUGCAUCAAGAAUGGCUCAAGGUAUUAAGACCUGAAUUAACAAAACCCUACUUUAUCAAAUUAAAGAAAUACUUGAAACAAGAACUAUUGAACAAACAAGUAAUCUAUCCUCCUGCCAAAGACAUUUAUAGUUGGUCCAACUAUACCCCACCUUCUAAUAUUAAAGUGGUGAUUAUCGGUCAAGAUCCAUAUCAUGGUCCCAAGCAAGCUCAUGGGUUAUGUUUCUCUGUUGCAAAAGGAGUACCAACACCACCUUCUCUUGUUAAUAUUUACAAAGCUUUGAUCAAUGAUUAUCCUAACUUCAAAAAGCCAGAUCAUGGUUAUCUUGAAAACUGGGCCAAACAAGGUGUAUUGAUGUUGAAUACUUCUCUCACAGUUCGUCGAGCAGCUGCUGCAAGUCAUAGUAAUCAAGGAUGGGAACCUUUUACUGAUGCUGUGAUUGAUUACUUGAACGAAAAGAAAUCCAAUAUUGUCUUCUUACUCUGGGGUUCUCAUGCUCAAAAAAAAGGUGCCAAAAUCAACAAAUCGAAACAUCUAGUACUCAAAUCAGUCCACCCAUCUCCACUAUCAGCACAUCGAGGAUUUUUUGAUUGUCAACAUUUUGUUAAAGCCAACAACUUUUUGGAAUCAAGAGGACGCACACCGAUCAAUUGGGACUGUCUUGAAGACUGAACAAAUAUUAGAUAUCAUUAACUUAGUGGCAUGUACAAAAAAAAAAAAAUCAAUGGAUUAUUAGUUUCUGCUGAUUUUUUUUUAUUUUUAUUUUUAUUAUUGUAUUUGAUCAAAUAAAGAUAUCCAUUAUUCCCAUCUUUAUAACGACUAAUGCAUGACUUUCUCCUUUUGGCUUUCAUCAUGAGGAUGUUUAUCUUUUUUAUG